AUGAAUUCAUUUACAAAUGUGUUCAAUGAAUUUUCAUAAUAACAUAAUCAAUAAUUCAAAUUGAGAGAGUUAUUAGAAUUUUUGGAUUCCAAAAGCUAGAAUGGAUAUUUUGAUCGUGAUGUAUUUGACUAAUUAAUUGAUUAAAUACCAGGUGCCUAGUAAAAUUAGGAAUGUUCAAUCAAUUAACUAAUUUAUGUGAUGAAGAAAGCAUAUGAAGUUUUAAAUGAUAAGAUCAUAAAGUGCUAGUAAAUUAUCGAUCAAAGAAACAUGUAAUUUUUAGAUUUGAAUUUUCAAAAGCGAACUUAGAGCAUAUCAAGAUAAAUUAAAAUAAUCUCAACAUGGCAACAGUAUUAAUACAACAAAUAAAAUAAAUAUUGAAAUUCUAGAUGCUGAUAUUUUCUAUUAAGGAAAUGGUCAAUUGUAAAUUAGUUUAGAAUGUUUGUCUACUAUAGCUUAUACAUGUAAUUAUAAGUGUUUAAAUUAUUUUAGAAUUGACCAAAAGAUAAAAUCCUUAAUGGAAUGAGACCUUUGAAUUGUAUUAAAUAAAAUAAAUGUAGUGAUGCAAAUGAAUCUGCAAUAUUAAAGUUCACCUUAUUAGAUACAGAACUACAACAGAAAAGAGGAAUAGGAGGAAUUGCUAAUCUUGAUAUCAAUACAUUUAAAGAUUAAAUGCUUCAUGAUAUUCAAAUUAAUAUUACUGAUGAAAGUAAUACUGUUAUUAGGGCUAAAUUACAUCUAAAAGUUUAAUGGAUUUAUUCUAAAGUACUAAUUAAUUCAUUUAAUUUAGAAUAAAUACUUAACAGAUUUAAUUUAUGAAAAUAAUGUUUAAAUCACACUAUUAGAAUAAGAAUUGAAUGAUCAUGUCAUAGAUCUUGAAAUCAUCACUUAAAUUUUUCGAUAAAAAGUGUAGGACCCAAACAUACCCAUUUCCUAUAUACAACCUAAUUAAUAAUAAUAGUUAUAUCAAUCUCAAAAUGGAGCAUAAUUUAUUUAGGAAAGAUAAAUGGAUAGAUUAGUUUAAAUCUCUUUAUUAUUAACGAUUGUCUAUUUAAUUUUUGGAUUACUAAAUAGUAUAUAUCGAACUCUCUACUUCGAUGUAAUCUUUAAUCAUAUUAUAUAGUAUAUCGUCAUUUUUUAUUGCUUUCUAUUUUAUUAAAAAAAUUAUAGAUUACAAUCCCUAUUGCAUAUUAAAAUAAUUAUGGCAAUUUUAGUUGUUGCUUUAAUCUUAGAUAUAGUGUGGCUAGCUAUUUACAGUACCGUAUUUAUUUAAAUCUAUAUUAGCCUUAUUUUGGAGAAUUCAAUCCACGAUUCGAUCACUUAGAAUAUGGUUUAUAAAAAUAUUAAGUGAUCAUUAGUUGGCUGUUAUUAAUAGUCAAGGUAUUUUAUCAUAAUUAAAUUUAGAUUAUAGUUUUGAUAUUUUAUAUUCACAUCUAUUCUACUUAUCCUGAUAAACAAACACAAAUUUACGAUCAAUAAUGGUAAUCUAUUUUUGGAUUGAAAAAGUCUAAAGAAAUUAAUGUAUAUCGAAACUAUAAUUGA